AUGCUGUCUUGGAAAUUCACAACUUUACUUCUUCUGUUCUCUUUGCUGUUUAAUGUUGUGUUCACUUCUCCAAUUGAAGUAGCACGAAUCCGUAAAAAGUGUCGCGGUCUACAGGUCGUCUACCCGGCUCGUAGUGGAAUUAUUUACAGAGAUGGUGAAUCCCAAUGGGUAAUGCUUCGAUCCAGAGGCAUUCACUCCGAUCCGGUCAUCUUGGUCAAUAGAAUUCGACUUUACUACGUUGAACCUGAUACAGAGAAUUAUAAAGUUGUUAAAACUCUUAGUACCGUAACUAAACCCGUGCGUAAAGGUUCUAUUACGAAUUUUAAAAUUAAAUUAUCUAUUCCAAAGAAAUUUGAGAUUCCUGGUAGAUACUUCUACAGGAUUUAUGGCAUGACUAUUAGUGGUAGAACUUGCUACGUUGAUAGUGUUAAAUUCAACAUUAUGUAG